AUGGAUCCGAAAUAUGGGGAGAUUUCAAGGGCUAUGAGGAACCGAGGUGUGGAAAUAUCCCUUCUAAGACCAGAUGAGUUACAGAAUUCGUAUGUGUCUGAAACUGAGAACUUAUUUGAUUUGACGGCUCUGCUGUCCUCUUGUGGACUGCCUACUAAAUACCAUGACUUGUUCAUUAAAUGUCAUGAGCUAAUGCAGUCAUUUGUUGAAGGUCUCGACCGUCCAACUAUUUCCCAUCUGUUACAAGCAGCUCACCUGACAUGGCAACAGUUACUCCGCGGCAUUUCAGCGACCACAGCCAUCGUCAGCAGUUUCUCUGACGUAUACAUCAAACCACGAUGCGGCGCCGAUUUCGCGUCAAACGUGAACGCCUCACUCGCCGAAAUGAAAAAUUCCAUGUUGAAGGCCCUAGAAGAAGAAGUAAAUGGAGAGAAAUUAGGGGAUACGGCCAUUGUACACGCAGAUACAUUCCACACUACUAGCGUAAAAGGUUUCUGUAGAAACACUCCAGUUGAAAUCGCCAAACAACUCUGCUAUAUUGCUGUACAAGAAACUAAAAAUUCCACAAUAGAAUCACCCCUACACGUCAUGUUUGGCUUAUACUCAGUAUACCAAAGAGUGCAUCCAACUUAUUUUACUUCUACAUACGGCGUCAUCAACAAUAUCUUGAAGAAACAAUGCCGCGGAACUGACGCAGAGUACGUCGAGACAAUGAAUGAUAUAUGCUUUGAAAUGUACAAGUUUUAUGGAGAGUUACAGGCAUACAAAAAGUACUAUCCAGAAUUAUACACCUUGGAAGAUCGGGAAAUACGUAUGGGUAACAGAGAAGCAUUAACGUUAUACAAUAAUCUUAUUACUUACUAUAUGAAGAUCUCCGCCCCCGAGGGUACAUUUACAGUUGCUAAUUAUUCCAAUGCUGUUAUAGAAGGCAAAUUAACGGACGAUUUUCCAGAAUACCCGAUAUUGAAGUUCUGUCAGAGAUAUCUCGCUAUUAUUGAUGAGUACAUCUCAAUAGGCAUAAACAGAAGUAAUUUAGAUGACGAAACAGCUUGUCAUAUGUUCCAACUUCUGAGUUGGAGAGAAAGGUUCUUUAGGACCGCUCACGAACAGAUCUUUGCAGAAACCAACGAGGCUAGUCGGCGCAAAGUGUUAAGGGACGAUAUUGUUCCUCUUCUGUACGCACAUAGUAAGUGGCUGCAGAAACAUUUGAUGCUCCCCUUACUAAAACUGACUGGUCGCGAAAAUGUGCUCAGACGAUUCAACGAAUCUUCAGCGGUAAUUGCAAUGUCUAUUGAAGAAGAUAAUACGGAGUACACAAAGUUGAGUAAAAAACUCCGCAAAUCAUACGGUCAGCCAAAGUUGUUGGAUAACCAGGCAGAAUAUGAGGCUUGUAUUGAAAGAUCUAAGAUCUACAAUAAAAUAUCUUUAGACCUCAAUCAGCCAAUUUCAAAACAACUGCAUAGACUCUCGGCAGAGAACUAUGCUGUAACAGAUAUGACAUUGGCUUUAGAUGUGCCGGACAGCGAAAAGCUAAAAGCAAUCCAGAAUAAUCUUGACCAAGUUGAAAGUAAGGUCAUUGAGAAACCAGGACCUCACGUUAAGAUCCUUCCAAUCAUCUCCUAUGUGGUUCAAAGGGUCCUGACCAUCUUACAAAGAGAUUUCCUCAACGUUUUGACGGAAGUAGCAAAGAAUGAAGAUAUAGUGACUGUUAGUAUUGAGACUUCGGAAGUCCUAGCCAGUUUGGUGACCUUGGGCAGGGUGACCAAAGGGUUCCCGCAAGCUUUGUUGAAUCUAAUGGAAGUGUUGUUGAAGCUUCAGAAUGAUGAUGGCAGUGUGCUUUGUGAGAGAAUAUCAUCACUGCCUAUAAAAUUCUGGGACGAGUAUUACAAGGCCGUGGUCUAUUCACCUGCCUUCUAUCCCUCUCCGUUCCUCGCUCCUUACGACCCUAGUAGUGCAGAUGAUGUGGUGGAAGAGAUACCGGUGAAUAGCAAGAGAUUGUCCAAUAACCUCCCUCUGCUUCCUUAUUAUCUGCAGAAGUUUACCGUGUCUUCUGAUAAUCCUGAAUCGCGUCACUUGCUAGCGUAUGAAGCGGUGGCGAUGGAGGAUAGAACUAAGUACUCAAUGCAACUGGGAACUGUGUUGAAUGUCCUAUGGAAGAAUAUCGCCACACUGGAUUGUGCAGUAUCAAUCAAAUUGAUAUCAGAUGCAAAAUUCGAAAUGAAGAAAUACGAGCAACUCAUAAACUUCUUAUAUUCAGCUUUAGAUCUCAAGAACGAAACGAAAACGUUCGAGGAGAGACGUUUCAACGUCACCGAAAACGUUCGAGCGCGGUAUAGACAAACCAACUUUGACGACAUACUAAUCGAAGCGAAUAUAGCUUACGAUGGACUUUUAACCUUAUUGAACAAGAAUACAGAUGAAUUACGAAUGAAAAUGAUCACAACACAAUUAUCAGUGCAUACAAGUGUGUUAAUAACUAAGAUUUUGUCUGAGAUCGUUCCGAUGGAUCGUGUGGCUAAAUACAGACUUAAAGUCAAAUAUAUAGAUGAAGAUAUCAAAAUGUUUGAUGCUUUGCUAAGCGUAUAUUACUUCCAUGGUAUAGUGACAGGUUCUAUUGACUACUUCGGUGGUAUUGAUAGACCAUCCCAAGUUACGUUUAAUAAGUUAAGCAAAGAAAGCGGUUUGUUAAAAGUCCACCCACAUUGCCGCACUAUUAUGGAGCUGAGACAAAAGACUAUUGAUAAAGUCGCCAAGUAUAAGCUUGGGAAUACAUUCAGACCUGAAGAGCCGAGUUAUAUUAGUUUUGCUAAUGACUGCAAGCACUUCACAAAAUCAGUUCUCUCAUCGAAAACUACACAAGACAUUACCACCAACCUUAUUAACGCGAGCAAAGAACUAUACGGAAUCAUAGUUACCAACAGCACAAACAAAACAGUGCUGCAAACAGCACAGAGAGUGGUCAAAGAAACUUCUUCGUGGCUGUAUUCUGUGAACGCAUUUUAUAAGAAAAUUGAGACUUAUUCUGAAGCAAUGCCUGACUUAGCAAAACCUCUCCAAAGUUCCAUAUCCCAACUUGUUUUUAGUAUAACCUCCUUGAACGAUUUGACCAAGGAGUUGAUAGUCAAGAUUGAACAAGGUUCAUUAUUAAAGGAGGCUGUGCAUGAUUUGAUGGUGUUCCCCAAUGACAUUCCUAAUAGUAGCGGUAGAGAGGCGCAUUUGAACAGGUUUUUGUCUAUGAAAUUUAGUCAGUUGUUGGCUAGAAAUGUGAUGGGUGGCAGCGAAGAGACUUAUCCUGCUGAAGUGGAGGUGGUGCAGGUGUUAAAAAUGAACCUACUAGAGAUACGCAUGCACUGCACGGCACUAGACAAGAUCGACAGACCGUCUAUGGAGGCUAUACUGACUACACUCAACGCUCUUGUAAAGGCUUGGGAGCAACAACAGAAAGAAAUCGAGAAGAAAAAACAGGAUGAUGAAGCAUUAUAUGUUACUAAAUCGAAAUGUGAAGACGAAGAUGAAGAAGCGAUGGCCUUAGAAGAAAUGAUGGAGAUGUUCCCCUCGUACUCAGACCAAGACUUUGCAGAAUUCAAACCACCAACCCUAGAACAAGUACCAAUAAAGACCGCAAAAACAGAAAAACCGAAACAGAAAUUCCUAAUAUCACCUGAAGAUAUUAGUCUAGUAUACAAAUGGCAUUCCAAUUUAGUUCGUAACAUGACGUCAGCGGACUGGUUACCCGACCGAAAGAAGUUGGUCGGUAAUGACGUUGUUAGUCCCUUCUUGGAGAGGUAUCCUACGUUUAGCCGGCUUGUAGAUAAUGCGUGGGAGGCUUUGGACGCGGAGUUUGAAGGGAAGAUCUCGCCGAGUCUGAUGGUCCUUAUUGCUCAGAUUAAGGAUAAAGUUGAUGGGGAAGAGUCGUCAAGCAAGGUAGACUUCUACAGAUCCGCCUGGGUGUCGGAAACCAAGCAGUGUGUGCCGCUACUUCAUCGAGUGAAAGAGAACACCAAUGAAUUGCUUGAUCAGUGGCCAGACUUCCCUACUUUGAAGGAGAUAAUAGUAAUAGUAAACAGGAUCCUAAGUUUCCCGAUAACAAGUCCGGUGAGUCGGUUCCUAACGGGGCUAGAGUUGCUCCGGGACAAAAUAGAGGAGUGGAACAAAAACGCCCAUAAAGGAAACAAUAUGAUCGAAGUGUCUCUGGCUGUUGGACAACAGAUUAUAAAUUGGAGGAAACUAGAGAUGGCGCACUGGAAGGAGUGUCUUAAUAAUCUGUAUAAUAGAAAACAAUCCGAAGCACAUAAGUACUGGUUCUACCUGUACUCCGUCAUCAGUUCAUAUCUAGACACGACGACGGAUCCCGUACCUGCUGAAAGAGUCAUAACGGUGCUCAAAGACUUCAUGGAAAAAUCGAACUUAGCUGAGUACGAAAUAAGGUUGGAUAUCAUAUUCGUGUACCAUUGUCACUUGGUGCAUUUAGAAGCUUCGGAGAGGAGAGAUGAACUCCUCGCCAUCCUAUGGAACACAUACAAUUACUAUGCGCAAUUUAGCGCACAAGUGGCCGCCCAUAUUAAAGAGAAGCGCGCACCCAUUGAGAAGAAAUUGCGCGACUUUGUGAAGAUUUGCACUUGGGAUAGAGACCUUAGCUACUGGAGUGUCAAAGACACUGUCGAAAAGGCACAUAAAGCGCUUCAUAAACAUACUAAGGAGUUUGAGAACGUUCUAAAAGAAAGUGUAACAAGCUGUAUAGUGGACAACUCGACAGAAGUGAUAGGCGACCAUGUGGGUAUAUGGGACCGACCGAAACGUACCACGACGGCUAACGCACCCACCGGCGGCGCGUACAUGAUCGAUGUGCAGAAUUAUAUGCUCGUCUGCAGAAAUAUUAAGCGAUAUAUAUCUUUACUGGACGAGCCUUGCAAAUUGAUAGCAGACGGAAGCUUAUUGUUAAGGGUUGCCAGUUUAUUGGACAAAACUAGAGCUCUAUGUAAGGAUACUAUUACGAAUACUGGGUACCCAUCCCUGGUGCAGGCUUUGGAUGACUUUGUCACCAUUGUUAUUGAGACCAGCCAGCAUCUUGGGUCUUUGGAGGUGGACGCCUCCCUACCAAAAGAAAAACAAACGUCUCAAGCUAAGAACUUUAUACAGCAAAAGCGCAAAGCGUUAGCAGAUUUAUUCAAAUAUUUGACUAAACUCGGUCUCAACUACCGUACCGGCCUAGUCAUAAUAGCGUCGGGUAAAGAGCUAUACGAUUUCACUAUACCGCCCGUCGAUUUGGAACCUGCUGUUGGUCAUCUGAAGAGCCGACGAUGCGACACCACUUUGUCUCUUCUAUGGUCUGGUUGUGAGAAGUACUUCCAGAAGAACAUCGCUCGACACAGGACCCUCAGUCUAGCACUGCAGUCUCCUCACCAAGACUUAGGCAUGCAGAACAUUGAAAGAUUGAAAGGAUUUGCCGCGCAAUUGUUGAAAAUAACGAACACACAAAAGAAAUCCAUAUCAAAAUAUUCUCGUUACCUCUGUGACCUUCGCAACCUUUCUACAAACCUAAUUGACGCUCUCGACUUUGACGAUACAGAAACAAACGUAUCUUCCCUAAGAUCAAAAAUAGAACUACUCGUAGAAUGCUACGCCAACACUGGCAUUGUUCUAGAACAAUUCAAUGCCGUACUCAAAUCUUGUCCAGAAAAAGGCUUAGAUUCAGAAAACGAACCAGAAUUUGACAACGUCCUUUCCGAUUCCAAAAUAGUUCGUUGUUACAAAAACACCGACGAAUGGCGCGAUCUAAACAAGAGAAUUAAAGCCCUAAUAACAAACGUUAAUAAACAAAAGAACACGCUACAUAAAAUAUCGAAUGACAUGCCUAAAGAAGGGCAAGGUAAAGAGAAUCCUUUGGCGUCCCAAACUCAUGCUAACGUUGCAAAUGACUGUAAAGUCAACAUAGAAAAUAUGAUCAACGACAUUGAUAGUUUGUUACAAGACUAUCAGUUCAAAUUCAAACUAUCUACUUUCGAGCAUACACCAAGCCACCCUCUACUCAAAAGUAUAAACAAACUAGUAACUUAUCUGAAGCAAACAGUUCGCGAACUGGUCAAAUUGGACAAACGCGUUACACCAAAAUCGACAAAGGUUAAUACCAACCAACUUGUUACUCAAACAGAAGAUUUGGUAGCUACGAUGCUGCUGAUCAUUCAAUCUGUGUACAAGAAACAUCUGCCACCAGACACGACAGAAAAUGCUGAAGUAAUAAACGCUAUAGACGAAAUUAUAAAGAGCGAUAAAGAAGAACCUAAAGACAUAGUUGAAGACAAACAUUUGAAGGAACAUUUGCAGGACAAGCUUAGUAACGAUACCAGAAUGCUCCAACUAGAAUCUCUUAUAAAUAAAACUCAGUUGUUGUAUUCCAACUAUGUGGAACAUCUGGCCAUUAAUAAUGUUGAUGAAGAAGUCAGGACUGCGGUGAUGAGGGCGGUGCCAAUAUUGGAACAAACUGUGCUGUUUGUCCAAUACUUUGUGACGCAAAAAGUUUCUGUGCAUAGAGUAUCGUGCAAGAUGCUGUCUGUAUUAUUGAAGAUCUUCUCGGAUUUGGCUUCGAAAGGUUUCUGCAAGCCUUCGGACUUAGAUAUGGAUGAGGCCGAGGGUGAAGGUGGUACUGGCAAGUUUUCAGGCGGUAUGGGCCUGGGGGAAGGAGAGGGCCAGAAAGAUGUGUCAGAGAGAAUUGAGAAUCAGGACCAGUUAGACGACGCUCGUCAACCGGGAGAAGAGAAAAAAGAAGAGAACAGAGAUUGUAAAGAAGAAGAGAAGGGAGUCAAUAUGACUGAUGACUUUGACUCUCAUCUGCAAGAUGUUGAUAAAAAAGAUGGAGAACAAUCAGACCAAGAGGAUGACGAAGACGAUGCUGAUAAACAAAUGGGUGACAUUGAUAAUGCUGCUGACAAACUUGACCAACAAAUCUGGGGUUCAGAAGACGAAGAAGAAUUAGAUGAAGAAGAACAAGGAAAACAGAAGGAUAAAGAAGAAAAAGGUAAAGGAGAAAGUACGGGAGAGAAAGAGAUGUCAGCUAAAGAUGAUCAGGAACAAGGUGCUGAUGAUGGAGCCGAUGGUAAAGAUAAGAAGAAGAAGAAAGAUAUCAAUGAAAUGGAAGAACCAGAGUUGGACGAUGAUCAGACGGAUCCCUACCAUGGUAACCAGCAGCCUCUCCCAGAACCGGAGGACUUUGAGCUGCCUGAGAACAUGGAUGUCGACGGUGAUGAUCUUGGCGAUGAUGAACAGGAUGGAGAAACUGAAACAGAGAAUCCAUUCGACAUUGAUGUCAUGAAGGAGAAUAUACCGGAGGAGCCUGAAAAAGAGGAUGAUAAAGGUGAAGACGGCAAGGACACUAACAAUGGACUAGACGUGUCUGAUGAUGAGGAAGAUGGGGGAGACCACGGUGCGGACGAGGAAGGAAAUGACGAUAAGGAAAAAGACAAAGAAGAUGACAGCGAAAAACCAAGUCCAGAAGAUACGCCACAAGAGAACGAAGAAGAGAAAGAAGGUGGUCAAGAAGUGGACCAAGAAACAGCACCAGAAGAAACAGAAACACCAGAAGUACCAGAAAACGAAGAAAAAGACUUGCCAAAGAAUCCUGAGAAGAUAGAAGAAGAGGAUGAAGUAGAACAGAAGAAUCAAGAAGCUAAUCCUCAAGCUAAUCCGUCGAAUAAUGACCCAACUGCAGAAGAUAAGGCUGAGAAUGCUCAAAUGGAGAAAGGAACGGAUGAUAAUGUGGAAACUAAUGCUGAACAGAACAAGGAGGAUGAAUCUAGUCCCUAUGAACAAGUACAAGAUAAAAAUACUGAAGAGAAACAGUCGACGGGUCGUUCAGAACUAGAUAAGAGUGACAAAGGCCAUCGCGGGGAGAAGCAGGCAGCGAGCCAUACUGACCGCGCUGAGGAACAACGCAAGAAACAUGAGAACAAGCCUGGCAAGACUGACCAGGAACGGACGCUUGGUGACGUCAAUGAAAAGAAACACAAGCAAGCUAAAACUCUCAACGUCGAACGUGAAGACGCUGACGAAGGUGGCGCCAACGACGAGGAUGCGGAGAAACAAGCAGACGCCUAUCAACACGUGAAGCAAGCCAACAAGGAUGAUUUGCAGGCGAUAGACGCUGCGACUAAAGAACAAGCAGACGAGCAGCCAAUGUUAGUAGACGAGGAAGAAAACGCUGAGCCUCUGAAGGAAGACGAAGAAGUUCCUAUGGAUAUUGAUGAAGAGGAACUACAGGUGGAGAAAGCAGAGGAAUUGAAGCCGGAGAAAAUGAAAGAAGGAAAUAAAGAGAAGGAACAAGAUAAGAGUGGAAGUAAGAAUGAAGAAGGGGAGGAGCCUACAGGGGAGACUGGGGUGGAGGUGGAGGGAGAAGUCGUUGUUACUGCACACGUGCCCAGGGGGACUGAUACUACUUAUCAUACUAGGUUAAACGAAAGCCAGAGUUACGCGGACGAUUUAUCAGUGGACGAGUACAUGAGCAUCCGUCAGUGGCUGGCCAGCGGUCCCUCGCGGUCUCAGGGAACCGUACCAGUGUGGCGGUCUUUGUGGAGAGACUCUUCGGCCGCCGCACGGGCUCUGUGUGAGAGACUGAGACUUGUGCUUGAGCCUACUGGCAGGUCGAGGAAAGCUGGUGACUUCAGAACAGGGCGCUCUAUCAACAUGCGUCGUGUGAUCCCGUACAUAGCGUCCCACUUCAGAAAGGACCGCAUUUGGCUCCGUCGCACUAAACCAGCUAAACGUGAAUACAAGAUCGCUAUAGCCGUGGACGAUUCCAGCUCCAUGUCCGAUAAUAGGAGCAAGGAACUCGCUUUUGAAAGUCUUGCUCUCGUCUCACAGGCGUUGAACCUCCUCGAGUCCGGUGACUUAGCCGUUCUGAGUUUCGGUGAAAAACCGAACCUACUCCAUCCAUUUACGGAGCAAUUUUCCGAACAUUCCGGUUCGAAGAUUCUAGAACAGUUGCGCUUUGAACAAACUAAGACUAAGAUCGCACAAUUGCUUGAUUUCUGCACCGUUAUGUUUGAAGAGCAGACGAUGAAGAGUGAUGCUGUUAAUGCCAAGUUGUUGGUGAUCGUCAGCGAUGGUCGAGGAAUAUUCUCUGAGGGAGAAACCAGGGUGAUGCAGGCAGUACGUCGGGCCAGGCAGCAAGGAAUAUUCUUGGUAUACGUCAUCAUCGAUAAUCCUGAUAAUAAGGACUCCAUAAUGGACAUCAGACGGCCAUUACUGGACCCAACAACGAACGCUCUCACCGGCUUCGUCUCAUACUUGGACACAUUCCCGUUCCCAUUCUAUUUGAUACUCCGCGAUAUGUCAGCGUUACCAACAGUACUGGGCGACGCCCUCCGGCAAUGGUUUGAAUUGGCCGCUAAUACCGCAAACUAG